AUGAAGUACAUUCUCAUCGCCUCUCUCCUCUCCUCCGCAGUCCUUGCUGCUCCCCUUGCCCAGCAGGGUAACGGCAACGGUAACGGCAAUGGCAGAAACCAGCAGGGCGGUACCACUCAGCAGCAGGGCGGUACCACUCAGCAGCAGGGCGGUAACACUCAGCAGCAGGGUGGUACCACUCAGCAGCAGGGUGGUGGCCAGACACAGCAGCAGGGAGCACAAAACGUGAACACUGGCGCUGGCUCUAAUGCUCCUGGUGCUAACGGCCAGCCGCCCACUUCUGGCGACCUCGCCACCGCUGUCGCCAACUGGAUGGCCGACACUUCCAUGGUCUCCAGCUUCCUCAACAAUGGUGCCAGCAUCCAGAACAACGCUGCCUUCAAGCAGGCUGCUCUUGUCGCCUACAACGCUGAGGUCGACGAGCUGAACCACAAGGCCAUCAUUGAUGCUGCCAACAGCCAGCAGCCCAACGUCCAGGCCGCCAACUCCACCCUUGCCACCGGUGGUGCUUUCCAGGAUGUCGUCAACAAGCUCCAGAUCAUGUCUGUCCAGGGUAAGGCUGCCGCCAACAACAUCGACUUGAUCAACCAAAACCGUUGCACCAACGUCCUCCCCAACAUCGAUGCCUACAUGGCCUCCACUGGCUCCAGCUCUCGGGCUGUCCGUCCCCAGGUCUGCGACCAGACUGGUGUUGCUGGCGGCGUCCAGAGCCAAGGCCCUACUCAGCCCGGUCAGGCUGCAGGUACUCCUCAGGCUGCCUUCGCCGCCGCCCAGGCUCUCCAGCAAGGUACCGGCAACGGCCAGCUUGAUCUCCAGACCAACGGCAUCCCCGCUGCCCAGGCUGCCGCUCAGGCCGGCAACCCCGCCCCCCAGGCUGGUGCCGCCACCGGCCAGCAGAAUGGCAAUGGUGCAAACACAGGUGCGGCAGGAAACACCGGCGCGCAAGGUGCUACAGGAGCUACCGGCCAGCAGACACCAGGACAGCAGACACCAGGACAGCAGACGGCGAACGGCCAGCAAUCCGCGAACGGCCAGCAAUCGCAAGGACAGCAGACGGCGAACGGCCAGACAGGCACCAACGCCCAGGGCACUCAGGGAACUAACGGUCAGCAGACUGGUAACGCGCAAGGCACACAGACUCAGGGCGGCGCUGCCGCCGCUGGUAACCAGCAGCAGGGCGCCAACUCUCAGGGCGGUGCCACUGGUGCCCAGUCUUCUGCUGCUGGUAACGGUAACGCCUCAGGUGGUGCUGCUACAGGUGGUGCUGCUACAGGUGGUGCUGCUACAGGUGGUGCUGCUGCAGGUGGCGCGGCUGCUGGUGGUGCCGCUGGUGGCAAGAAGGGCAAGGGCAACAACUAA